CCUGGCAAAUUCACCUUUGAAAAGCCUCGUGGACACGAUGCAGCAGGGAGUUGUUUUAUACGGGAUUUUGGUCUCGUUUCUGAUGACAAACCGAUCCACCGACGCCAUACAGGCAGCGACAAGGAACAGCCGCAAACGGUGGGCUCCGGCACGGCCGUGCAGUCAGUGGUACCUGUACAGGCGCAACUUGGCUCCAGCUCCUCCUCGGUAUCGUCAUCCUCCGGCUCCAACUCGGCAUUCCAUCCGUUGGGACCGAAUGUGCUGUGCUCCUUUUUGCCGCGUGACUUUCUCGAAUGCAAGGAUCCCAUCGAUCACAGGGACAAUGCCACGGCCAAGAUGGAGAAGGGAUACGGCUGCCUGCGAUUCGGCGGCUCCUUCUACGAAGAUGUGGAGCACACAAAGGUCCAGUGCACCGUCUACUCGGACAUCGAUUGCUACGGCAACCGCACCUUCUUCCGCGAGGGUGUGCCCUGUGUCCGCUACACGGAUCACUAUUUCGUGACCACGCUCAUCUACAGCAUGCUGCUGGGAUUCCUUGGCAUGGAUCGCUUCUGCCUGGGACAGACCGGAACGGCAGUGGGCAAAUUGCUGACAAUGGGCGGUGUGGGCGUCUGGUGGAUAAUUGACGUUAUUUUGUUAAUCACCAAUAAUCUCCUGCCAGAGGAUGGCAGCAAUUGGAAUCCAUAUGUCUAGAUAUACGUUCGUUAUUUGUGUGAUAUUUUAGAAGUAAGUUGAAAGAGCAAUAAAUUCCAUUGUUUAGAAUUUUCGAAAUAACCAAA